UCAGAUCUCUGACGCGUCGUGCAUCCUCGCAGAGGUUAUAAACUCUGUGGUUCCCCGCUUUUCUCUGGACAUCUCCACCAUAACCUGCUUACGUAUCACCAUCCCUGGUUGCUCAUCUGGUCGCUAAUUAGCUUCGCUCAGUACUAUCUGUGACGAGUUGACACGGCCAUGCUCCUCACGACUACCAUACACUCAGCAAGAGGAAACCCGAGUCCGUGUCUGCAGUGUGAUUGGACUUCUCCUGGUGGUUAUAAACUCGGGCUGUCGAUGUGAUACAACACGAACGGCAGCAACAACGACAACAUCACGAACAAGAACACGUGGACGACUGUGAGUUUCAACAAUUCGCCAUCGACAUUGGCCGACUCUUAUGCUCAAGAAGGAACCUGGCUUCUGAAAUCCAAGAUUUUGUAAUUCAUGCUUCAGCACUGAAACGAGGAAGCGAUGAGGACUGACAUCGGGAAACCUCCAGCGGCUACCAGCGGUAGUUCUAGCGGGCGCAUGGAUCGAGUGCAACGAAUCGAUCUCUCGGUAGCUCUGUCGGACGACGCCAACGAGGAUGUACAAGAGAUGGCCACUUCUGAUCAAACGCCAUCGAGCCCAGUUACAACGCAGUAUUUGCAGUUGUCAUCCGACAGUGGUUCCAAACCGAAGUUUGUGGAAUCAGCACCUUUAUCAGCGCGCUUGAUGGAAGACGAUUCGAAUGGUCUCCGACUAGCCACCAACAACUGUCAUGAACGCUCCACUGUUGAGGAUGGUUCCCCUCCUCCUUCUCCUGAGAGAUCUACAACCCCUGCUGAACCCGAGAUUCGCGAGCAGUUGCGAAGAGCUCAAUUGGAGAUGGCUCGAAUGACAGAAGAGAAUGAGGAAAUAAAGAAGAUGUUCAAAACCUUGUCGAUGGAGUAUCACCGACUCCAUGUAAACAUGUUCCAGAUGUUGAAUGCGCAGUCUGGUCCUGCGGUGACUCAGGCAAGCGGUCUCUCUUUUCAAACCGAGGAGGAAUAUAAACGACACACCGAGCAUGACUCGAGGACUGCAGCGAAUCUCUUUCCUAUUUCAUCAUCCCAAUCUCAAGGGUCUGCGUCCCGGAACGCGAUCUCUGCUUUUGGUGAUGGUCAUAUUUCCGAUGAGAAAGAGGAUUCUCGCGACGCAGAAGCGGUGAAAGUCCUCCCGGGGGUAGUUGGUAAGAGAAGCAGAGAGUCUCCUGAGACUCAAACUCCUGAUAGAUCUGAAAUGACUCGUCAGAGAGACGGAGCAGCUCCGAGGGCAGCUUCUUCUCCAAGGGAGGCGGCCAUGGAGGAAUCCGGUGGGUCCGAGCAUGUCACAGAGUCACCUCCUCGCGAAAGGGAGAGAGACGAAAGCAGUUCCGCCCCUUCCACCGGUUGGCCUCACAACAAACGCAUGAAGACCGGUCCUGCCGUCCACGAUCCUUCGGGUCGGAACGCUCGUGUCUCUGUCCGAGCCCGAUCAGACGCCACCACGCUGAACGACGGAUGUCAGUGGAGAAAGUAUGGACAAAAGAUGGCAAAGGGCAACCCAUGUCCCCGGGCCUACUAUCGCUGUACUGUAUCUCAAGGCUGUCCAGUUCGCAAGCAGGUGCAAAGGUGCGCAGAUGAUACAUCUAUUCUCAUAACGACGUAUGAGGGUACACACAAUCACUCGCUUCCGCCAGCUGCCACUGCCAUGGCAUCUACAACAUCUGCAGCCGCGAACAUGCUCCUAUCUGGAUCCACUUCCAGUAGCGAGAUGGUGGAAGCAAGCACACAUGCUUACAACCUUGCGUCUCGUACUGCGCCUAUCAUCUCCGCAUCCACACCUUUCCCGACCAUCACCUUGGACUUGACCAAUAACCCAGCUGCCGCGCAGCAAAUGCGCAUGGCAGGGGCAAAUGCCUUCCAAAUGCCUUACUCCUUCACCUCGGCAUCCUCUGGUUUGCAAAUGCACCCACCCUCGAUGAUAAAUCCUGUACAGUCUGGCGGUUACUAUGCACAAUCUGCAGCCGAGCAAACUACCGGAGCGUUUCAAGUCUAUACCAAUCCAGCUGCAGGUUGGCUUCAACAUCAAAUGCAGCAGCAACAGCAACAGCAGCAGGCAUCUCCAACGAGGUCCCCGCAGUUUCUUGCGGAGACAGUGAGUGCAGCCACGGCGGCUAUCACAUCUGAUCCAAAUUUCACAGCAGCUCUGGCCGCUGCUAUUACCUCCAUCAUUAGUUCUCAAACGAAUUCAACGAUGAUGGGAGCGAGCAAUGCGAAUAUCACCGAGGCUCUUCGAGUCGCCGGGCUGCCAAUUUCUUCGGCGAGAAAGGAUUGAACACAUGUGGCUUGUAAAUUAUUGACAGUACAAUUGCAAAGUAGACCAACCUUCUGCCAGUCAUCAUCCAGAAAGCUGCAUCUAUGCAUAUGCGCAGCUAAAGCUAGAUGCUAACUGGCAGAGUAGUGUUUGUUUCUACAAUAUGGAACUCGAUUAGUGAGGGGUGGAUUAAAAUUUUACAGAUUUCUUUCAGCUUCCAGCAUCCAUAGAUCUUGACACCCCUGGUAGAAUGUGGAAUCUGAGAAUCCAUUUGAAACUUGACUUAGAGUACAAAUUGUCAUGGUCACGUGUAUAUUAGUUGUAAAUCAGCUGCUAGAUUUAGAACAGAGGCAAGUGUUGCCAAGGCGCAGAUUGCCUUUGAUACCUUCACCAUUUAAAAAAAUGCGCGGAUCUGUAGUACUUGGCGUCAGAGCGAUGAGAUUCAUCGAGUUCCAGUGAAGUCGGUCGACGAUACCGAUCCGGUAGACAGAUUUGAGUUACGAUCACUGUUUUGGCAUGUUCCAAUGCACUUGGGGACUACGAACUACUUAGUCCAGUAACCAGCGGAGUACAAAUAAAGAGAUCAAAAGCAA